AAAGGGCAAUAAGAUCAGAAAAACUGGAGAUUUGCCACCGGGAGAAAGGUAUCAUAAACAACUCAAAGGCUGGAGAGUGGAAGCCCUUCUUGACACCACUUGUUACUUUCUUGGAUGAGGACCUUGUGACUGGAGUCAAUAUAGAUCUUGCUGUUGACAGAAUGCUUUCUCCUUUAAGAAGAAAAUCAUAUAUCAAGUCUACAGUUGGUUUUGAGGAUAGGCAAACUGGAUCUGACUCGGAAGUUGUAGAUGAUCCAAUGAACUGUAGCACAUAAUAUGGUUCUAUGUUCGAAUCUGCAGAUGAUAUAGAACCAGAAGAAAGUUCCAGCAGUGAAAUGUCAUUCCAUCUCUGCAUAACUGAUGAACGGGGUGUGAAAUGCAAGCCGAUUCUGAAUAACACACCAAUAAAACUUGGACCUGGUGUAAAGGUAUAUCUGGACUGGACUGAAAAAGAGUAUGAAUCAUUUGAUGCUAGUUAUCUAAAGGAUCUUCCUGAUGUACACAAAAGCGGACCUGCUGCGCAAAAAACAAAGCCAGAAGCUAUCUCCUUAUUUUCCUGUUUAGAGGCAUUCUUGAAGGAAGAACCAUUGGGGCCUGAUGAUAUGUGGUAUUGCCCUAGCUGCAAAGAACAUAGAAAAGCAACAAAGAAGUUAGA